AACAUGACAGCGGCCAUUUCGGAGAUUACUUCCCGGCCUUCCUUAGCGACCUGACGUUUCGGGGCCCGGGAGCACCUGUUUCCCCGGCGCGGUGUGGCACCACUGGCUUCAUGGAACCGAGCUUCCCAGUGACGUCAUACGCGGAGGCUUCCGGUUCCCGCUCUUGAGGUUGGACUCUCACGUGCAGGCGUUUCCAGGACUCCCUUGGCUCCUGCAGUCUUUUAGUGGAGGGGCUGGUCCUCUGGGAGGACCGUGCAGGCAGUUCUUCAGUCAUCAUGGGUAUCCGAGGACUAAUGAGUUUUGUAGAAGAUCAUAGUAAUGAGUUCUUCACUGAUUUGAAGGUGCGGGACACAAAAAUUGUCAUUGACGGCUAUGCUCUCUUCCACCGGCUUUGCUUCAACUCAAACUUGGAACUUCGAUAUGGAGGGGACUAUGACUCUUUUGCAGAUGUUGUACAAAAAUUCUUUGAAUCACUGUUUGCUUGUAAUAUCUGUCCAUAUGUUGUGUUAGACGGAGGAUGUGACAUUUCAGAUAAAAAGCUUAAAACUUUAAAGGAUCGAGCCAGAGAGAAGAUCCAGAUGGCUCAUUCCCUUUCUGUUGGUGGGGGUGGGUAUGUGUGUCCCUUACUCAUCCGGGAAGUGUUCAUACAGGUUUUAAUCAAGCUACAGGUGUGUUUUGUCCAGUGCUUUUCAGAAGCAGAUCGGGACAUUAUGACACUGGCUAAUCAUUGGAAUUGCCCUGUGUUAUCGUCAGAUAGUGACUUUUGCAUUUUUGACCUAAAAACUGGGUUUUGCCCACUGAAUAGCUUUCAGUGGAGAAAUGUGAGCACUAUCAAAGGCACAGGAGACUGCUAUAUCCCUGCCAAAUGCUUUUCCAUUGACGCGCUCUGCCGUCACUUCAGCAAUAUGAAUAAAGCUCUCUUACCUCUCUUUGCGGUGCUGUGUGGAAAUGAUCAUAUCAAUCUACCCAUCAUGGACACAUUCUUAAGUAAAGUCUGUCUGCCUCUUGGAGCUACCAGUUCAAAGGGGAGGAGACACCACCGAGUUUUGGGACUUCUGAAUUGGUUAUCUCAUUUUGCCAACCCUACCGAAGCACUAGAUAACGUUCUGAAAUAUCUCCCAAAAAAGGAUCGAGAAAAUGUGAAGGAAAUUCUCUGCUGUUCCAUGGAAGAAUACCAGCAAUCCCAGGUGAAGUUGCAGGACUUCUUCCAGUAUGGUACUUAUGCCUGUCCUGCCGCCUUGAAUCUGGAUUUACCAGAAUGGAUAUUAGUGGCAUUGGCCAAAGGCCAGCUAUCUCCUUUCAUCAGCGACGCUUUGGUGCUAAGACGGACCAUUCUUCACACACAGGUGGAAAAUAUGCAGCAACCAAAUGCCCACAGAAUAUCUCUGCCCAUCCGUCAAAUCAUCUAUGGGCUUCUUUUGAAUGCUUCCCCACAUCUGGAAAAUGUGUCCUGGAAUGCGUUGCCUUCUCAGCCUCCAGCUUUCAGUGAAGUGGAAAGGAUUAAUAAAAAUAUCAAGACAUCAAUUGUUAAUGCAGUAGAACUGCCCAAGGAUUAUUCUGAUUUAAGCAAAUUGACUGAGCUCUCCUUGGCCAAAAGGCAGAUACUUCUGUUAGAAACCCUGAAGGUGAAACAGACCAUCCUGGAGCCAAUCCCUUCUUCAUUGAAGUUGCUUGUUUCAGUCAGUUGCUACUGGUUGCAGCACACAGAGGCCAAGGCAAAGCUACAUCACCUGCAGGCCUUACUGCUAGGGAUGCUGAUGGGGCCCUUGCAUGUCAUAAUCAACAGCCCUGGAAUUGUGGACCCUGCACCCAGGCAGGCUCAGUGCCUUGCUGCUCGCUAAUGCGUAAAAGAUAAGGAAGAUCUGCGGGAGGAUGGUGCUAGGAUGUUGUAUGAAGAGUUCCAGAGAGUGAAGGAGCAGACACGGCCGGGCACGAGACUGGACUUAGACACAGCUCACAU